AUGGAUAUACCGAAGUCAAUAAUAUUACUAUGCUGUACUACCAUCUGCCUCGCUUCGCAUUAUUCCCAUACCAUACCAGUGGAAGGAUAUGAAACGGAACUUCAAAAUCUCGGCGAACACGUGGAAAUACCUGAAACUCCGGUUAAAGUGAUCAAAAUUACUAAGACAAUUGCAGUGAAAGUUCCCGUGCCGUAUCCAGUGAAGGUUGUGGAGAAGGUGCCAUAUCCUGUACACGUAAACAAGCCAUAUCCAGUGCCAGUGCCACAAAUUAUUAAAGUUCCGGUAUCUAACGGUCAUAAUCAGGGUCAUGAAGCUCUUGAUGUAGGAAACCACCAGUUCCUAGAUCGCCAACAAAAUGGAAAUUCGUAUCAAGUGCAAGAAACGCCAUAUGACGCUCCCCCGGCCGAGUCCUACAAUGACUCAGGAAGCCAAUCGUACGAAGGAGGCAAUAAUGAAAAUAGUUACGGAGUUCCCAGCGAAGAGUACAAGUCUGAGGGAUCAUCGGGCGCACUUUACGGCCAAGCACCUCAAAAUUUUAACGGUUAUCCUAGUGAUCAAGAUGGACAUAAUUCUUUUGAAUCAAAAAGUUACGAACAGGCUAUCCAAAAUUAUUGGAAUAAAGUGAAUUCGAAUAGAAAUAAUAUUGGAAGUUCUAAUGGCUAUCAC